AUGGAGGGACGACGACGGGUCACCUUCCGCGUGCUGUUGGCCGGGUUGAUGAUGAUGUUCGUCUCCAUGGUGAUCGCUGAUUCACCUGCUGCAGAAUGGCCUUUGGAGGCUCCAAACAUGCCAAAGGAGUCUUCAGUGAAAGUGCCACAUAACGCAGCCUCCACCUUGUCUGGAUCCUUCACCUUGUCUGGAUUUUCUCGUUCACCGAGUUCAGUUCCACACAAAGUCACAGAGAAUUACAAUCACAAUGUUAACACUGUGUUUGGAUCAGUAUUCACAAACUCCCUGAACUCUGUCCCAAGCCCAGAACAUCUUAACAUACCCCCUUUAAAUUCCUUUAAGUCUGGAGAUGGACUUGGAUCUACCCCCAAAGUUUUCUCCAGACAGCGUCGAGAACUCAAGUCUCCAGUGCCUACGUCCCAUAGUGUGCCCUCAUCUUGGGCUGUUAACAAUCUAGCUCCCCAGUUCUCACAGGCUACAGACAAUUCAUCUCUGCUGUCUUCUUUGCCUUCCAGUGUUCUUAAUUCUCCUUGGAGAAAUUCUGAGGAAUCUCCUGUCCAUUCUGCUGAUAUUCAAAAUGGGACGGUGAGAGUCAAUGACACGGAAGUUCCUGUAGGUAACAGAGUGGAACAAUCCAGCAGAAUUCAAGACCUUCAAUUACAACCCAGCUAUAACCCAAAUGUCCAACUUGAUGCAGGCUACCAGCAGUUAGAGCCAAGCCAUGCUGUUUUUGUACACCAUCAAAUGUCAUCGACCUCCGUUGAGCCAACUAUGGGCCCACCUGAAGACUAUUUCCCAACCAACACAAUGGAUGUGGAGUAUGGUUCUGGAGAUUACUUAGAAACAAUGUCCUUCAUGGGAUCUGAAGGAGAUGGCUACUCCUUGGUUACCAAUGUACCCUCUGAUGAGUAUGACUUUGAGGACACAAUCUCCGAGACCUAUGACACCAUGUUCCCUACAAGAGUAGUGAUAUCAUUUUCCAGCAAACACUUGUAUCCCUCCUCUAGUAGUGUUGCUAGUUCUUUCUCCAGUAUACAUGUUAAAAGUAUUCCCAAUCAGACAUCCAGUUUGACCCGCAAUUCAGUCUCAAUUUUACCCACCUCUGAUUGGACAACCUCUUUGAGUUUGACAACCACUAUGCCCACCUUGUUUAUGUCUCCAGUUAUUACCAGUAAACCAAACAUUUUGACCUCUGAGCUUGUCCCUACUUUUUCCCCAUCCCUUCCAACCAUCCAACCAACCAUUCUCCCAACAACGUCAGAUAUCUUAAACCAGAAUCAGUCAGUUAAUGAGAUCUCAGAGUUGGUGCCUGACUUGACAGGCACUGUUACCAUCCAACCCACAGACGUUCUUUUACCAGACAUGAACAGUUUGGAGUAUUACACCAUUCAGCUUACCAAGGACAAUGGUAGCUUGCCAGAUCACACUCCCAAUCGAACAACAUCUAGUCUUUUCUCCAUUAUUCCAAUCAGCACCACACAUAUUUUGUCCACAAGAACGUACAAUGUUGACCUAAGUUACAUGCUUACAGCUAUGUUUGACGAUGAGCUACAGCCUGCAGAUAAUGGUUCAUGGACUGAGGAAUCCUCAACAGAUAUCUCUGGAUUUGAGCCUUUUAACACAACAAUCCUGGACCCUUCAGAAUUGAGACCAAGUCUAACAAAUACUAAAAUGCAAUAUUUGGAAUCAUCGUUUAUACUGACACCCUCAAUACACCCUUCAACUUCAUUGGGGGGACAUAUCUCUACCACUGAUUGGUCCAUCAAACCUUCUGUAGCUUACUACACAUCCAUUACGGUGACUAACCCACCUCCUUUAACCGAAGAACCAAAUGUUCACCUGUUGUCUACCAAUAAUGACAGCCAGUGGAUUAUCAUCUCAGUACUGACACCCUCUGAGACCCUCUUUCCUAGUACUGUACUUACCAGUGAUGUUAUCACCACCUCUAUCAGUGUUUCUGCAUACCCAACUGACUCAACCUUCAAUGUCACCUCCACCCCUCCGACAGACGUGGCUGACGAAGAGUUCAUGUCUGAAACGCCAUCUGACACCCCAGUCACCUUGGUUACUGAUAACGAUAACGCCACACCGAUUAGUAGCUUUACAACCACCUCACGUACAGAAUUAUAUAAUGACACCACUGUGACAUCAUUUACUAUCACAAGCUCCAACAUCACAACAGUGACUACAGUGCAAGACUCAUCAGUUACAACCCUAAGCACAACCCCUCCUAUGAAGACUGUCCGGAAGUAUGUCUGCAACAUUACCAAGCCUGACACCUACUUAAUCAGAGUUGGGUUUCCUCUUGGAUCUACUGCUGGAUAUGCCAAAUCCAAAGUCAGAGAGAUUCUCAAAGCAGAGUACAACCGCUCUGUGGAGCUACAGGUUGUGAAAGCCCCUCCAGACUUUGUGUUUCGUGCUGUAUCUGGUGCUAUGGUUUACACUGCCAUAUCAGUCAUUAAUGCUCUGAGACUCUCUGCUUGGACUACAAGUUCCUUUAUCAGUGUGUCACCCAUCAGUCCUGUACCAAGCCUGCAGUACCACAUACAUUCAGUGCUUCAGUUUGUACCCAGCCAUAUAGAUGUGCGUAUGUGCACCUUCAUUGAGCAGAUAGAGAAGGGUUUGACCUCAACCUUAGCUGAAGUCCGCAGACGCUCACAUGAAUCCACAAACUUCACUGUGCACAUUUUAAACAUCACAUUGAGUCCCAUGGUCACAGCGUCACAACAGCAGAAGAUUCCCGUGGAGAUCACGUUUGCGGUGCGUGAUGUCCGUGGUUAUGUGCCUGGGUCAGAGGUCAGUGCCCAGCUACGCUUCCUUAGUGUGGUUGAGUACAGCUACUACCUGGGCUACCCUGUACAGCAGAUCGCAGAGCCUUUCCACUACCCUGAGCUGAAUACAACUCAACUGCUUCGUUCUUCAUGGGUCAGGACAGUAUUGUUGGGAGUAUUAGACCAGCGUGUGAGCGACAGGGUCUUCCAAGCUACCAUUGAGAGGAGACUGGCUCUGUUGCUGGGUGAUGCGUUUGGGACGGGCCGUCGCUUUAAGAGAGCAACUAGUGUUGGAAACAACAGUGUGCAGAUUGUGCAAACCAUGCAUCUGGUGGGCCCUGACAACCCCCUGGAGAUGAUCUACUUUGUAGAAGGAGUAAACGGACAGAGACUUCCCGCCACAACAACAGCGAACAUGCUCAACAGUCUUGACAUGCAACAUGCAGCUAUCAUCAUGGGAUACCGUAUCCAGGGAAUAUUAGCACAGCCUGUGGAGAAACAGGCCUCGUCUCCCUCAGACACGGAGAAAACCAACACAUGGAUAAUCGUGGGGGUGGUGGUCCCCGUGCUGGUGGUGAUCAUUAUUAUAACCAUCUUGUACUGGAAACUCUGCCGCACAGACAAACUGGAAUUCCAGCCGGACACCAUGAGCACCAUUCAACAGAGACAGAAGCUGCAGUCUUCCAGUGUAAAGGGUUUCGACUUUGCCAAGCUGCACAUGGGCCAACACAGUAAGGAUGACCUCAUGGUCAUACAGGAGCCGUUACCACAUCCUGUGACCGCUAAGGAGCAGAACCCAGGCGAGAAUGCAGAGGUGCCCACACCAAAGUCCAAAACCUCCUCCAAAACGUCCCGCAACGGCCAGCGCCGCAGGGGCCAAAUUUCUCCAUCGGAGGGGGAUUCUGUAGGCAGUGAUCUAUCCAGUGAGAGAGGAACUCCUGAGGAGGGUUUGAGACCUGUUGGUCUGCCCAGCGAUCCCAAACAAUCACAAAAAGUGGUGGUUAAUGUAUUUAACGGAAAGAAUAGAAGUGGUCCACCACCUAUGAAUGGAACAGAUGAGCCUUUAUCUUCAGCCUCCAUCUUUGAGCAUGUGGACCGAAUGUCCCGCUUAACUGAUGGUCCCAAGCGUCUACCAAACAAAAUCCAGCUCAUCGCAAUGCAGCCGAUGCCAGCCCUGCUUCUACCCAGACCUUCUGCCAAUGAUAGAGCUGCAGAGAACACCAAGCUCAACAAAGAAAUCCAGGUGGCUUUGAGGCAUAAAUCCGAGAUUGAGCACCAUCGUAAUAAAAUUAGACUAAGGGCCAAAAGGAAGGGCCAUUACGACUUCCCCGCCAUGGACGAUCUCAUUGAUGGGCUUGGUGACUCCAAAGAGCAGGACCAGAUCUAUCAGAAGGCCCAGAUGCAGAUUGACAAGAUAUUGGAUCCAGAUAUUCACAUGCCAUCUCUCUACACAGAGCCAAAGAAAAGCAACAGAGGGAAGCGUUCUCCUAAACAGAGAAAGAAACAGAUGAACGGAGAUCUGACAGAUGCUGACAGAGACAGACUCAUAACAACAGAGAGUGAUGGGACAUACAGAAAAUACCCAGGAGUCAAUAACAUAGCAUAUGUGUCGGAUCCAGACCAGGGCCCCAAUCAUCACAGCCCAUCGUCGCCGGAUAAUGUGUUCCACGGCCUGAUUUCUCCACCUCCAGGCCAUCCUCCUCCCCCACCCCCCUACCUCCCCAUUCAACCAUCUAUAGCAGAGGCCCGUCAGCAAAUGCACUCUCUACUGGAUGAUGCCUUUGCCCUUGUGUCCCCUACCUCUCAGGGCAGCACAGCUGGCAUCACCCUGCCAGGGGUCGGGCUCAACCCUGGAGCCCCGCCCCCCUCAAGCCCACCAUCCCAUGGCUCACGGCCCUGGAGCCCAGGAUACCCACCCCUGAAUCCCUACACAGGGAGAUAUGCUGAAUUGGGGCUGCCUCCUUCCGCUGCACAAGGUUUACUGCAUAGACAGGGUUUAGGCACUGGCUACAUCCCAUCAGGAGAGGCCCUGCCUGUUGACCAGCUGCAGUCAGACUCGUUCUACACUGGACGAGUAGGCCACACAGAUGAGCUGCCCUCCUCUGCCAGGCCCCGACCUGUAGGUGGGUCUACAGGUGCUCAGCUGCACCAUAUAACCCACGUUGGUCUGACGGGUCGAGUAAGUGAGAACCGGCAUCCUGGUGGGUUAAACUGGGGCCCGUAUCAUGAAGAUGACAACAAGCUCACUAACAACAGAGACCCUGUAAUUCGUGGCUCUUUUGACUACACCUCCAUCUCUGUGUUCCAGACUUCCAGGAGUGGCCUAAAGGAGUCUUCUGCCGCUCCUCCCCAACUUGACACUCUCAACCUUGGGUACCUUCCCUCUGCUCCCCCCGAGGAUCCUUCCCCUCCCAACCACUCAUCUGCCUCACUCAUCAAAGCCAUCCGAGAGGAACUCAUGCGGCUUUCCCAGAAACAGGCAGCGGUACCCAGCUACCACAGUUGAGACCUGCCGCUGUGGCUCCAGCUGGCGUAAACUGCAUUACACUGCAUUGUACUUCCCAUGGAAGUGCUUUUUUUGAGACGUUGAUGAUGAUGACCGUAUGUCCUGUAGUUGCUGUUGCUGCCGCCUAGUGGCACAAAAACAUUAGGACGGAGUAGACGUUUAUCCUUUAUUCCCAUGUUUCUUUCCAGUUAUCUCCAUAGUGAAGUUGUUCAUGAACACAUGCAGUGUCCCGAAACUUGGGAAGAACCUUUUUUUAACCUUCUGUUCAGUGUGGUGUCAUUGCAGCAUAUAAAGUUCAGUAGCUAUUAACUUCUCUAUAUUGACUGAUAUUGAAGCAAAUUGUGGCUCCCAUUCUGUUAGAGGUGUGUGAGUGUUUUUAUUUUCACAUUGUGUUGUUUCUUUGCUGUGUACACUGCCUUUAUAUUUUAACAAUUUUGCACUGGCUCAUGUAGAUUCUAAACUAAUUUCCAUAUUGUCCAAAAACAUUUCAAUUUAAUUGUCAUGCGCUAUUUUCUUUUCUUAGUGUUUUUCUCAGUGUAAAUAUUUUAUUUUUCUCCUAUAAUUUUGAAAUCCUUACAUCCAUGUUCAGGACCGUGGUUUUGUCUUACCCAGAGUCACUACGAUAAGCCAGUAAUGAUUUUACAUUCAGAGCUCUCUGGUUCGAUUUGGAAGGAAAUGUAAGGCUUCCGUCAUUCGUCUUAGCUCAGUAGGUCCUUAAAAUGCAAGUGAAUGGUGAUUUCUCUUUUAAAGCUCCAAUAAUCCCAGACAUUCAGCAUAAAUAUCAUCCCAUACGCAUCCAGCAGUUAAAUUAAUGUCUUCUAAAACAAUACGAUUGCUUUUGGUGCGAAAAAGAUCAACAUUUACAGUAAUUAUUUUAAAUCAUGCCUCCAUUCUGUAGAAGAAUGUGUGUGUGACGUAACAGACCUUUUUCACAGACUGUGAUGACGCGUUUCCGCCUUAUUUAGCAGCGUAAAUCUAGCAAACUUUUUAUAUGAUAAUUUUUUUUUUAAUUGAGUGUACAUUUAUAACAUUAUGCUUUGUGAUACAUUACCCUGGAAUUAGUUUUAAAAAAUGAAUUACCACAGCUGCGAGAGGUUUUCUGUGACAGCUGCUGAGAGAGUGACAGUAAAUUUGCCAUCUUCUCCCAUCUGACUUAAUUCUGUCUUAAUUCACAACUCUCUAUUUAUUAGAUUUUUUUCUGGAAAGUAAUAAAAAUGUUAACCCAUAGUGUGAAAAAGGUCUAUCGCAUUGGCAUUUGAAACACACGAUAACUGAUGCACAUGCGACACGCCCGGAAGAGCAGCGCUGUUUACAAUUGAGAAGGAGGAACCCUGUAAAAAAGCUUUGUUGGUUUUGGUUUAGAUCUGUAUUUAUACUCACAAUGGUGCAUUUGCAUGCUUAUCCUGGAUGUCUCAACCGAGUGGAGAACGCGAGAUUACAUCUGUAUUAUGGCAAUGCAAAUACGUAACCCGAGAAACUGCUAGGACUCCACCCUCUCAUGAAGCUUACUGGAAGUGUUUGAUUAAAUAUUUAUAUUUUUAACAGCAAAACUGAUCUUGUCACAUUAUAAGACAUUAAUUUAACCUCUGGAGUGGUUUCGAUGACGUUUAUCCUGACUGUAUAUAAUUUUUGGUUCUCCAUCCACUUGCAUUUUAUGGACCUACUGAGCUAAGAUAUUUUUCUUCAAAUGUGUUCUGGUGAAGAAAGAAUGUCAUACACCUGAGAUUUCAUGAGGGUGAGUAAAUAAUGGCAGAUACGCUACUUGCUUGCUCAGAUGACAUACUUUCCAUCUUGUAGGACUUACUAUCAGAUCGGCUCUUAUAUGAUCACAGGCAACCAUGAGUACAUCAAAGCAUCACAUUCAUCUGUUCAGAAGAGCAGUGCUGUAGCUCAACUGAUGUCCUCUGCAGGUAACUUGCAGUUUUAUGAUUCAACCACAGAUGUGGAGAGAGAGCCUAGAAUUCCGUACUGUACCUUUAAUUAUUCUAUUCCUUUUGUCCUCUUUUUGUGCUUAUUUUUUGUUCUCCAUUUAAUGGCCAUGAACCACACAUUGCCUUUCACAAGACAGCAUUGAACCUCAUACAGCAUGAUCUUAAUUGCUAGUAUUAUAUAUAGCAUUUGAAGUAGUGACACGUUUCCCCUCUGCGUUUGCCUUUAUUAUGUUUGGCAUAUACAGGAAAGAUCGAUAUACAGUUUAUUUUCUGUCUUUACAAUAAAGGAGAUUUAUGGGUGAAGUGCAGCUUUACUCGUCCCUCAGUUGAAAAAUGAACAAAAUAUCUUGUUUACAGUAACACACUUACAAUAGAAGUCUAUGGGGAAAGGCAUUGCACUGAAAUAAUUGUUCACAUAAGCACUAUUUUGAAAGUAUAGCCAAAAGACUUGAGAAUUGUGUUGUUUACUAGUAAAAUAGUCUGCUAACCUUGCAAGUGCAAUUUUUAUUUAACAUUUUAACUCUUGUCAUGAUCAUUUAAAGAUGGCAAACAAUCAGUCGAGUAGCCUCCACUUUACACAAAAAUAUCCACCCACAGGACUUACAUUGGUAACGCAUAACCAGGAGUUCAUCUGUCUAGAACUGUAAUCUCAUCACUAAAAAAAUUUUUUGGAUGUCUUUACAGCUCACCUAACACAUUUGUUUAUGGACGAAUUAAUACAGGCACUUUAAAAAAUGAGCUGCACAUUUCUGCUUGUAAACCCUCUGGAAUGCCUUGCCCCAUAGACUUCCAUUGUAAGUGCAUGUUAUGUUGUUCUUGCAAACUGAGAGACAAGUGGAAGUGAUUUUCUGUGGUUAAUCAACAGCAUUUCACAAACUCUUUCAAUAGAGCUGAACAUAAUGUGAAACAUUGCUUUAAAAGAAGAUUCCGGGGGCAAUGAUCAAUCAACUGCAUGUGUGACAUAACGUUGAUUACCACAAACAUUUAUUUCAACUUGUCCCUCCUUUUUUGUAAAAAAAAAAAAAAAAGGCACUUACAAUGGAAGUGAAUGGGGCCAAUGUUUGAGGUUAUAAAGGCAGAAAUGUGAAGCUUAUCAUUUUAUUGAAGCAUUUAUGUUAAUUAUCCUGUUAAAGCACAUGUUAUUUGAGCUGUUAAGUUGUUUAUAUCAUUACUGGGAUUACAGGGUUUCUUGCAUCGUCAUGGCACCGAAGUUGUAAAAUUGAUCAUAACUUUACAGAAAAAAUUAGUAAUCAAUUUUAUCAUGCUAAAAUCAGGUUAACAUUUUAGCUGAUAGUGUUCAUGUCUUGUGGCUAAACUUUUAAAUAAGUGAGUAUUUUUAACAAUUUUAACACCAAUUAGCCUCCAUUCACUUCCAUUGUAAGUGUCUCACUGGAACCCAGAUUUUUGUUUCUUUUUUUUUUUUUUUUUAAGAAAAGGAUGGACAAGUCUAACUUAAUUUUUCUGGUAAUCAAAAUGAUGCCACCAAUGUGGCAUACAUACAUUAAGAAGAAUUUGGAUUGAAUCUGGAUUGAGUUUGACAGUUUGUUUCCUCAAAAUGUGAUUUUGGAACUAAGAGAAUUCAGUCUUGAAUAAAUCAGUAAGUGGUGAAUGACACCCAUAGUGUACUCUUCUGAGUACUUGCAGUAUUGCUACUGUGUAAAAGGUAUUUGAAGACAAUACUUCAUUUUAAAGAUAUGUGGACAAGUUUGAAUUAUUUAGAGUCAAAGUAUUUUAAGGUCAGGUUUAGGCCUCCAAAUAGGAUUGUCUAAUUUCUGACUCUUUUCCCCAACUGUAUUCUGUGGCCAUGAAGUGCUCAUCAUUCCAUAUCAGUAAUGUUUUUAAAGCAUUUAAUGCUAUUUAGGAUGCAGUGUUGCUCAUUAAACUGCUGUUGAUCAACUGUUUAUACACUAUGUUCUUUUAUUACUCCAUUUGGUGUGCUAGAAGAGUAUAAAACAUGGUCACUGUAACUAUAGUAUUAAAUUUCACUCUGUGAAAAUCUCAAGUUCAAAACACUGAUCCUUCAACUACCUUAUUUCAGGCUUAAAAUGUGUUCUUGCAUAUGUGAUAAAAUGUGUGUGUGUGUGUAAAUGUUUAAAACAGGAGUAUUAUCUUGUUAUUUCUGCCCUCGUUUAUAUGUUUGAAGAUUUUUUACGAUUUUGAUGUUAAGUUUAAGUCAGGUUGGAAUUUCAUUGAUCUGCAUUUAAAUUUCUACUGAUUCUUUGUUUAAGUGACAAUAAAAAGUAUU